AGAUCUUAAAUGGUGGUCAAAUAAUCAUGGCGUGAAUAUGGCAAUGAACUGGCCUGCAUUUAUUGAAUAUACUGAAGAAUUCCGAGAUAUAGCGAAAGGUAGCAAAUCAAAAGAAGCUCUUCCAGCAGCACCAAUAAUGCUCAUCAAUCAACGACCUGUAGCUGAGGAUGUGCAUGAGUAUCAAACAACAAAUAGUCUCAAGAAGAAUACAUCGAACAAAUCUAGUGGAAAAACCGUUCAACAGCAACAAGAAUCAUCCACAGUUACAACAACCGUUGGAAGUAACAAAAGCGCUGGUGCAAAUGCAACGGCGGCGGCAGCUUCUAGUAAUCGUAAUUCAGGCGUAACUAAUGGUAAUGGCAAAGCCGAUCCCAAUCCAUUUGAAGAGGAAGAGGAAUGGGAUGAUACUGAUAAUGUUUUGGUUGAUAAUGGUGAACCAGGUGUGCCUGUAAAAGCUCUAUAUGACUAUGAAGGCGCUGAAAGUGAUGAACUAUCGUUUAAACAAGGUGAUAUUUUCGAAAAACUCGAGGAUGAAGAUGAACAAGGUUGGUGCAAAGGGCGUAUGAAUGGUCGUGUCGGUUUAUAUCCAGCUAACUAUGUGGAACCAAUGAGUACGUAAGAAAAUAUGGUCGAAACUUGCAAAAAAAUAUAAAUGUGAGAACAUCAAGAACAACACCAACCACUAUAAGCUGCAGCAUUUAAUUUCAACAAUAAUUUAUAAACUAAAAAAUAAAGCAAAUGUAACAAAAGCAAAAGCUAUAAUUUUAAAAAAAUAGCUUAAAAUACAAUAUUAUUUUUAUUUUCUUAAGUAUUUAUAGAAUAAAAAUCUGAAGCAAAAACCAAACCGAAUUAUUGACAAACAAUUUCUGAGCCUCUAAAGUGUUGAAAGCAGAGAAUUGUUGCAUAAAUAAAAUAUAUAUAUAAUAUAAAAAGAAAAAAUUAAACUGAAAACCAAAAUUUUUA